UAUUCUCGCCGAAUCAAUUCUUCCAUAAAAUGUUUCAAUUCUAAAAAGUAUUUAUUUUUAUUAUCACUCAUGGUCAGAUUAGCGCGGUUUAAUUCUCUACUACAUCUAUGCCCAGCACUCUACAUUAUGUUUAUCAAACAUAUUUUAACAGAUGGCACACCACUGUAUGAAGCAACAAAUAUGACAAUUUGCGAUACAAUUAUGGAUACAGCACCACAAUUUAAUGAGACAUUUUAUAGUUGCAAAUGGCAAGGUCAGAUGAUUGAUUGUGCCCGUUUUCACUGAGCAUGGUUUUUGCUUCACUUUCAAUGCCCUCAAUUCACACGAGAUAUUCACAGACGAAAUGGCUCCCGAAAUGAAGAUUGUUAAAAAUAAUCCCAACAUUCUUGGCUGGAAUUUGGAAGAUGGCUACAAAAACAAAUUAAUUGGAGAUGAAUAUCCGUUGCGUGUUCUUCAUACGGGUAGUCAGAACGCUCUUCAUAUUUCUCUCUUGUGUUCCAUCCGAAACCCUAUGCAUCAUUGCAAUGGUUUCUUAACUGGAUUCAGAGUGAUACUGCGAACACCAGGCGAAGAAAUAGAAAUGUCACGAAAUUACAUCGAAGUGCCUCUUUCUGAAACAACACAUAUUGCAAUCAAACCAAAGGUGACAACCACCUCAGAUGAUUUACGGAAUUACGAACCAAACCAAUGGAAAUGCUUCUAUGAAUCCGAGCGUCAGUUGCGAAUCUUCAAAGUUUAUUCGGAGAGUAAAUGUGAAGCCGAGUGUUUGGCAAAUGUGACAUACAUGAAGUGCGGAUGCGUGAAAUUUUCGAUGCCAAGAGAUGCAAGUACAAAAGUUUGCACUGGAAUAGAUUAUAUAUGUUACAACAAUGUUCAGUUAAACUUAUUUUCGGAUGAGAGUAAUCGGGUAGGAAUAUCAAAACGUAUUUUGUACUGAAAUGUCACUUUUGCAAAAAGAUUUUUACAUCCUACCGCCAUCUACUUUCGUAUCGAUUACUAUUCUAAUAUCAAAACGAAAUGAAUCCACAAAUAUGUUUCUAGUGGUUAAUUUAAUGAAUAUUAUG